GGGAGACAUCGCACCAUUCCAGGCGUUGCCGAAUUGGGUCGCGGGCCAGGCCAACGGACGGGUUCCUGACAGCCAGUCGAUUUUUUGCCAGCGGCAGCAGAACGCCUCAGCGGCUCUGUGCCCGCCUGAAAGCUGGUGAUUGGGGCGACGGAAAUAGCAGCGGCCGCUAGGUUAAGGGCAGGUAUCCGCCAUUGGCUAACAGCGCUGGUCCCUGGACAAGCCAAGCAGCCCAGUUCCCUGUUUUUGGUCGCUUUUUGGUUUCCGAGCAGCGGCAACCGCUGACAGCGAGGAGCGCGCUCGUAGAAGGGGACAGUUCCUGGCAACUCUGUUCUGAGAUUCCAAAUUUCUUCUUAUUUAUUUGAAUCGUACGAUAUUGCGCGAUCAAAUGCGCUAAACGCGAAACCCAAAUACAUUCUCAUCACCUUCCAUAGCUUGACGCCAUGGGUCUCUUUGACGCCAACUGCAGCAAUGCGCCAGACAGCGCUCCCAGCGACGCUGGUAUUGCGGGCACAGGAAUUCUAUUGUCCUUUAUGAUCACCGCCGUCCUCGCUCUCCUCAUCUCUACAAGUGUCAUCUGGGCCGAAGUCCGUGGCAAGCCGUCGACCAUUCGCCGAAAAGUCCUGAAUGGAUACAGCGAUUCACAAAUCAUGCAGGGAAUCGGAAUUCAGAGUGUCGGACUCGCUAAUAUGAGCUCGCUCAUUCCGUAUCACUUCUUCCUUAUCUGGAUGCUCUCGUUACUAUCCAUGGCCACACACAACGCCACGCUGCUCGCCCUCGUGCACGACUACCGCCGUGAUUGGGUUCUGCGGUGGCUGCGCCAGUUUCUCAUGUUUGUCAACCUGGCGUUGUCAUCAGUUUCAGGUAUCUUCGUGUUACGGGUUGUUUCCAAAGGCCUCGUCCACUCAACCCUGCCUGUUGCCUGUGUCUGGAACGGCGAAGUAAAAGGCACCAGUGGUGACACGGGGGUCUCGUUUGUCGGCACUAUUGCGGUCAUGGCGGCCAACGGCAUCAUCUUCGCCCUUGCGACAUGGUACUUGCACAGCAGGAAUCAACGCUUCUUCAAGGCCAUUCAGAUUAUUGGUCUUUUGCUCAUGGCUGCCAGCGCUAUUGGUGUCGCCAUUCGUGUUAUCUAUGUGGCGCAGGCCUUUGGCGGUAACACCAACGUCAAGCUGUCGGACGAGGGCGAGAAGUCUUGGAGCUUUGGCCAGUCUUUGUCCAUGCUGCUGCUGAUUAUGCCCUUGGUCUCAGCGAUCGAGAUCUACAGGGGUGACAUGAAGGUGGCGCCGCCGUUGGAGGACGAGCGACAGCCACUCUAUGAUGGUGAGCUACAGUCAGGCUUGGAGCACCACAGGUUCCAACCGAAUCCAUUCUUUGGAUCUGAGUCGAAUUUGUUCAAGAAGUAA